AUGUCCAGACUAGGAAACCGCGCCGCCGACUGGGCCGACGAUGAGGAGUUCGAUGACCCCUCCGCGCUCCCCGCGCAACAAGUCACGACGAACAAAGAUGGCACAAAGACCGUUGUUUCGUACCGCUUCAACGACGAGGGCAAGAAGGUCAAGGUCACCCGCCGGAUCAAGACGACCGUGGUGAGGGAGCACGUCAACCCGCAGGUCGCGGAGCGGCGGUCGUGGGCCAAGUUCGGGCUCGAGAAGGGCCACGCCGCGGGCCCCUCGUUCGACACCACCUCCGUCGGCGAGAAUAUCAUAUUCAGACCCAGUGUGAACUGGCGGGCUCAGGCUGCGGAGGCUGAGAAGGCCGGCCCCGAGAAGGGCAGCAUCAAGGACCAGCUCAAGGACAAGAAGGUCAAGUGUCGUAUUUGCAGCGGAGAGCAUUUCACUGCUCGUUGUCCGUUCAAGGAUACCAUGGCACCUGUCGACGAGACCGCUGGCGCGGCUGGUGCUGAGCCCGGCGCUGAGGAUGUCCCGGCUGCUGGUGGCCUUGGUGCUGGAACCUCGAGUUACGUGCCUCCUCACAUGCGGAAAGGUGCUGCUGCUGGUGGCGAGAGAAUGGCUGGCAAGUACGAGAAGGACGAUCUGGCGACUCUGAGAGUUACAAACGUGAGCGAGUUGGCAGAGGAAUCAGAACUUCGGGAUUUGUUCGAGCGUUUCGGUCGCGUCACCAGAGUCUUCCUUGCCAGAGACAGAGAAACCCAGCGAGCCAAGGGCUUCGCUUUCAUCAGCUUUGCAGAUCGGACCGAUGCUGCUCGUGCUUGCGAAAAAAUGGAUGGCUUUGGUUACCGUCACUUGAUUCUGCGCGUCGAGUUCGCAAAGAGGGCGACUUAG